AUGUCUCGUUUCUUUGUUUCAGGCUACCCUUCUGAUUCGUCAUCGGAAGAAGAAGACUUGUUGAGUUCUUCUGAGGAAGAAUUACUUUCAUCUGAAUCUGAAGAAGAUAAUUUCUCAUCAGAUUCUGAGUUCGGAAAUGACUCUGACAAUGAUUCUAGUGAUUCAGACUCCGAUGGAGCACCAUCUGGUCCAACUUACUUUUUAAAGAAAGAUUUUAUGAAAGGUUCCGGAGAUGGUUCAGAUUCAGACAGUGAUGACGAAGGUAGAAAAGUUGUUAAGUCCGCAAAGGAUAAAUUGUUAGAUGACAUGAGAGACUCAAUUGAAUCCAUUAAUACCGCAAAGAGAGUAGGAAAUUGGACUAACAUUUUAGCAGAAUUCGAAAAGUUAGGUCGUUUAUUAAUAAAAGUAGGACAACAAAAAAUUGGUACUCCAAAUUUUUAUGUUAAGUGCUUGGCUAAUUUAGAAGAUUAUAUUAAUGAAACCGUUACCAAUGAAAAGGAAUCUACCAAGAAAAUGAAUGCCACGUAUUCCAGAGCUUUCAACACCGUAAGACAAAGAGUUAAGAAACAAAUUAAAGAAUAUCAAUCUCAUAUGGACUUAUUCAGAACUAAACCAGAAUUAUUUGAAACAGAAGAGCCAUUAGAAGGUAUUGCAAGCACAAUUGCUGGUGCACCUCAACUUAAUGGUGAUGAAGAUUCGAAUGCCUUUACUUCUGUAGGUGCUAAGACUUUCAGUCCAAUCUUCACAACUUUAAAGCAAAUUUCAGAAACUCGUGGUAAGAAAAACAUCGACAAGGUUGAGCAAAUCCAAACCUUAGAGGACUUGUUGAAUGAUACGUCGUCUACCGGUACUCCAUUUGAAUUGAUUUCUAUUUACCAAAUGUUAUUGUCAAUCAGAUUCGAUGCUUCUUCUAAUCAAUCAUUUAUGCCAAUUGAUCAAUGGAAGAAGAAUGAAGCUGAUCUUAAUUCAUUCUUGCAAUUAUUGAAAUCCAAGUCUAAAGAAUACCAAGUUUCUGAAUUAGGUACAGUUACCGAUGAUAUUGAUAUCGAACCUCCUGCCAAUGCUGAUGGUGUCAAGGUUGUAUUUGGAUCUAUCGCUUCCUUGAUUGAAAGAUUAGAUGACGAAUUUACCAGAUCUUUACAAUAUUCCGAUCCACAUUCUAUCGAAUAUAUUCAAAGAUUAAAAGACGAAAGCAUUAUCUACAAAUUGAUUGUGAAAGGUCAAUUGUACGUCGAAUCUACUACUCCAGUAGAAAUAAGAUCGAAACAUGAAGCUGGACAAUUAUUUAGAAUUGUAAUGAGAAGAUUAGAACAUAUCCAUUAUAAACCAAAUCAAUUAAUCGCUGCUAAUGAAACUGAAGCAUGGAAGAAUAUUGACACAAAUGUUGAUUCAACAAUUGUUCCAAGAAAUUCUGAUCCAAAUGAUUUAGUUGUUGGCUUAGCUGACUUCUUGACCCAAAAUGCCAAGUCCAUCUAUGGUAAGAAUGCAUUGUUAUGCAGCAUUUACUAUUAUGCAAUUAACAACCAAUAUGUCAAAGCCAGGGACUUAUUUUUAUCAUCCCAUAUUUAUAGUACUAUUCAUAAUUCUGAAUCUUCAUUGCAGGUCAUGUAUAAUAGAGCAUUGGUGCAAUUAGGGUUAAGUGCUUUCAAAGCUGGUGUUAUUGAAGAAUCUCAUCAAGCAUUAAAUGAAAUUGCUAAUUCUCAAAGAUUAAAGGAAUUGUUAGGUCAAGGUUUCAACUCCAAGUAUCCAAGUCAAGCUACCACUGCUGAAAAGCAAAAGUUAUUACCAUUCCACAUGCACAUUAAUUUAGAAUUAUUGGAAUGUGUUUUUAUGACUAGCUCCUUAUUAAUAGAAAUCCCAGCUAUGGCUGCAGUUUCUAGCUCUUCUAAAGAUUCUAAGCGUAAGGCUUCUCUUAAAUCAUUCAAGAGCAAGUUGGAUUUCCAUGAGAGGCAAUAUUUCACUGGCCCACCAGAAAGUAUUAAGGAUCACGUUGUUCACUCUUCAAUAGCAUUGCAAAAGGGUGACUGGGCAAAGGCCUACAAAUUGUUAUCUUCGAUUAAGAUUUGGAAACUUAUCCCAGAUAACGAGCAGUUAUUAUCUAUGAUGAAGAAACAAUUACAAGUUGAAGGGUUAAGAACUUACAUCUUUACUUACAAAUCCAUUUACACCAAAUUAUCUAUUGCAAAAUUAUCAGCUAUUUUCGAUAUUGAAAAGGAGUCCGUGUAUUCUAUAAUCGAUAAGAUGAUUCAACCUGGAGAUAUCAGCGGCUCUAUAGAUGAAUCUAAGAGCUUCGUGAACUUCACAACUAAUGACCACCAAAGAACGAAGUUACAAGAAUUAGCUAUUGUUAUGAACGAAAAGGUUGGCUUAUUAACAGAAAAGAAUGAGAAGACCGCUUCUAACGGUUACAGCAGAAAGCAACCAAUGCAACAACAACAGCAACAACAGCAACAGCAACAACAACAAAAGGAACAAAAGGAAUUAUUACAUGAGGAAAACAAUAGAUUCAGAUACGCUAACGUUAACGCUAACAAUGAUGAAUUCCAAACUACUGCUUAA